CCGCCCUCGGCUUCGCUCUGGUAAUCAACCAAAAGAAAGAUGCACUUACUCUGUGGACUGCAUUCUGCUGUUAGAAACUGUGUUUCCUUCCGUUUUAAUUCACUGGCCAGCUGGAGAAGAUACAGCGCACUAGCAGUAGCCUCACUCGGAUGUCAUCGAGUACAAGUUAACCACGUGGUAAACAGGUGUCAGGGCCUGGGAGCAAAUCAGUGCAGUAGGUUGACUCUUCUGCCUGGAAACUCUCAUUUCUAUAGGACUUGGAAUAAUAAAAGACCAAGAUACCUCCCAAGUACUAAAAGCCAGGAGAAUGGGGUGAUUACCAGCAAACGUACCACGUGGACUGACUCUUUUUCAAGACAGCUACUGAAAAAAGGAGGUCCCGUCUUCCUUGCUCUUUCAGCGUUGCGUCCCCUACACUGUUUUCCUGCGAGAGCUCUCAGGAGUUUCCACACUUCUUCACGGCUGCAAGCUGCUCCACUUCCUCUCUUGUGGAUCAUUCUUAAACCAGUGCAGAAACUGCUUGCUAUCAUUGUAGGCAGGGGCAUAAGGAAAUGGUGGCAGGCACUUCCUCCUAACAAGAAGGAACUAUUGAAAGAAAGUGCGAAGAGGAACAAGUGGAAGUUACUCCUUGGUUUGUGUAGUUUUGGAUUGCUGUUUGCUGUGUUUUAUUUUACUCACCUGGAAGUGAGUCCAGUUACAGGAAGGAGCAAACUGCUAUUAUUAGACAAAGAGCACUUUAGACUUUUAUCAGAACUGGAAUGUGAAAUGUGGAUGGAAGAAUUUCAAAAUGAUAUGCUAACAGAGGAAGAUCCACUAUACCUGGCUGUUAAAAAAGUGGUUUAUCAUUUGAUUGAAAGUAAUAAAGAUAUUCCAGGGAUAUCUGAGACCAAUUGGGUUGUUCACGUGGUCGAUUCCCCAGUUGUCAAUGCCUUUGUGUUACCGAAUGGACAAAUAUUUAUUUUCAGUGGUCUACUGAAGAGUGUAACUGAUACCCAUCAGCUGUCUUUCCUUCUGGGUCAUGAGAUAGCACAUGCAGUGCUUGGGCAUGCUGCAGAAAAGGCUAGCUUGGUUCAUUUAUUGGAUUUCCUGGGUAUGAUUUUUCUCACAAUGAUUUGGGCCAUUUGUCCUCGAGAUAGUUUGGCAAUUUUGGGCCAGUGGAUACAAUCUAAAUUGCAGGAGUUUAUGUUUCAUAGACCAUACAAUAGAACAUUGGAAGCCGAAGCUGACAAAAUCGGACUACAGCUUGCUGCAAAGGCCUGUAUGGACGUAAGAGCCAGUUCAGUGUUUUGGCAGCAGAUGGAGUUUGUGGAGAGCCUUCAGGGCCAUCCCAAGUUGCCAGAAUGGUUAUCUACACACCCUUCUCAUGGAAAUCGAGCUGAGUGUUUGGAUAGACUUAUGCCCCAGGCUCUCAAAAUUAGAGAGAGAUGUAAUUGCCCACCUCUUCCUGGACCAGACCCUCGAUUACUGUUCAAACUCAACAUGAAGCAUUUUCUUGAAGAAUCAGAGAAAGAAGACCCAAAUACCACUGCUAAGAAACAGAAAACAGAUGUUCUUCUCAUUCAAAAACAGGAGCAAAUACCGUUAACAUACAUAGUUGAUAAAAGAACUGGCAGUUGAUUAAAAUUUAUGAGACACAAGAUAUACGAAGACUGCAGCAAUUCUUAUCAUUUUUAUGUUUUUUUUAAAUGAUGUUUGAAAUGAAAAAAAUGUAUAUUCAGGGUCAAAUCAUGUAUAUUACAGAUAUUAUCUAAAUUCUUCUAGGUAUUUUUCAUGAAAUACUGAUGCAUUUUAAUCUUUUUAAAUAUCUUCAAUGAGGAAAAUGUCACAGAAUAAAUUUUCAUUACGUAUUUUACUACGUUUGUACUUGCUUUUGAUUUGAAGGCUGGCCCUUAGUGGAUGAGAAACUAGAACAUGCUGUAAUUGUUAUGGAGAGAGUUCUAGCAGAGCCUAACCUGGAUUUACAUUUACUGGAUGGUUCUUAUGACAUAGGAAACCAAGAGUCUGAAGGUAUCUGCGGAAAAUGAUUUGUAUUGGGAUGGAAUUUCAUGGAAGAGAGGACCUAGAUAGAGAAUUUUCUGGUUUUUACCUGUGGAUGACAAAGGCAAACACUACAGGCAAAAGCUGAAGAGGCUAUUUUCAUAGGGAGGCACAAGAAUUGCUAGUAUUGAUCCAUAUCAAAGCAUGAAACAGCCUGGGUAGAGAGGGUCACUUUCAUACAGAUGCAGUGUGUUUUUGGUGCUCCGAAGUCUUGAUGGAAAGUCAUGUCAAUUUGGCUCAUUGACAGUAUUAAAGUUGGAGAAUCUCUGCUAUUUUCAUAGAAGACAACCUCUCUGUUCUCACUGAGGGUCCAGCCAGGAGAAACGGCAACAUUUUGCCCCCAAGUUUCCCCCAUUCCCUGGGGAGCAGACAUCAACAAAGGGGCCAGAAGAAGAAGAGACAAGAAGCAUAAGACACAUCCCCAGUGAUACCCAGAAAUGACUGUAUCAUAUAAAUGUGGAAAUAAGUUUUAAAGUACAAGUUAUUUAUAUAUUAAAAUAAUGUUUUAUUUGUA